AUGUUCACCGCACUGUCGUACGUGAUCCGCGAAUGCCUGUACCGACUGGCGAAUAAGACUGGUCACCCCCCCUACCCAAAGGCGUGUGUAUCCGAACGCUGCGUCCUCCAAACGCGCCUCGGGGCGUUCGAAAUUCGAACGGCGCAACGCCUCGCGCGCCGUAAAAAGGGCGGGAAAAAUAAGACCUUCUCCCUCGUAAAACAAACUGAAUAUCGCACUGCCGUCCGUGCAAUGAAGUGGCUCGCCGAGAGGCAUUUU